AUGUCCUCUCAGGUCCACGUCGUUAUUAUCGGGGCAUCUUUCGCCGGUAUUCCGAUUGCCCAUUCCCUCCUGAAGGAUAUCCCUACUGUCAAAGUUACCCUAAUCAAUCCAUCGCCAACCUUCUACUUUACCAUUGCUGCCCCGCGAAUUCUCGCGAAGCGAGAUGCCUUCAAGCCUGAACAAUACCUUCUUCCAAUCGGAAAGGAGUUCAGCCGGUACCCGACGGAAUCAUUCGAAUUCGUCCAUGGCUGCGCCUCAGCAAUCGAUGUCUCCGCGAAAACGGUAUCCCUUGAUAACACCAGGAACAUCAACUUUGACUACCUUGUGAUUGCGUCAGGAAGCACAACCGCCUCCACCAGUCGUAAAACCGCCGUUCCUAUCCCAUUCAAGCAGUCCAACUCCGACGACAUGAAGUCCAUGAUUCACAAUGCGCAAGACUCCAUCAGUAUGGCCGAAAGCAUUGUCAUUGCGGGUGCUGGACCAAUUGGCGUUGAACUUGCCGGCGAAAUAGCAGAGGCAGCCCGACAGAGCGGCAGGAAAGCCAAAAUUACUCUUGUGUCAGCCUCUUACCGCAUCCUGCCGAUGCUGAAGCCCGCAGGCAGCGCCGCAGCCGAAAAGCUUCUUACCGCUUUGGGGGUUGAAAUCGUCAAAAAUCAGAAAGUCGCCGAAGCCGUGCAAAGCAAGGAAUCACACUCAUGGACAGUGACGCUUGACGAGGGCGGAAAUUGGAUUGUCUUGCCGAACAACGAUUUCAUCCCGGCGGACCUCUUGGAUGAGAAUGGGUGGGUCGUCGUCGACAAAGAGCUUCGUGUCAAGACACGCCGUGGUUCAGCGGCUCGAUUGCCAAUUUUUGCAGCGGGCGAUAUCACCAACAACUCGAUGCGGUUGUCCUUCAAAGCACAAGAACAGGCGGCCGUUGUGGCUGCUAACCUCAAGGCGGAGAUUGUUCGCCAAGGGAAAACCAAAUCAUACGAUCAGGGUGAUAAGACUAUGAUGGUGGUGCCGGUUGGUUCAACGGGUGGGACUGGGUUGAUCAUGGGCUGGACGCCUUGGAGUGCAAUGGUUAAGAUGGUCAAGGGAAAGGACUUCUUCAUUUCCAAGGCCCAUUCGGCAGUUUCUGCGAAGUAA